GUGACUGUCGAAUCCUUUGAUCCAUCACCGCGACCAUGUCAGGAAAUCUUAAGCGCAAAGAGUCCACGACUGGAGAACAAACUGGACGGGAAAAGAAGAAGCAGAAGCUCCAAGAGGCUCGCACGAUUGGUAUUCAAAGCUCAGGGCCUGGAUUGACUGUCGGAAGUGGUCAGAGGUUACGGGGUGCUAUCGAUGUCGAGAGAUUCAGCGAAACUCGGCGUUUUGAAAUCAAUGCCAUGCAUGCAGCCAUGAAAUCAGCCAGGUCAAUAACGAAUCUAAUCUCGUGUGCGGCAUGCAUCUUGAACUUUGGG